AUGUCUGACGCUUUCGAUAACUACUGCAUAACUUGUGAUCAAUUAUGUUCGCAGAACAGCAUAUACUGUUCAGAUUCUUGUAAGCACAUAGAUGAAGCUCAGGCUUCGUCAGUGAGUACGACUCUGAGCCAUUUACCUGGAUUAGUAUCACCAUUAUUAACUCCAUCGGAAUAUCAACACUACAGUGACUACAACACCACCGCUUCCUCACAAUACCUCACCGAAUCCCCGCUUAUGCUUCUGAAACAAUCUUCCAUAGAUCUUGAGUACCACUCAUUUGAUCUCAACAAGCCACUGGAUUCCACGAUAGUGCCAUCCACAUCAAACAACUACAGAAAGUGGCUCACAGCAUGUUUAUAA